CAUCAGCACGCUGGGCGGGCACCAGGGGAGGAGCCUGCUGUUGCCCCAGCAACAGCUGGGGCACUCGAGGAGAUCGCAGCUGCGGAGGCAUCUAUCACAGAUCUCCCUCCGCCCGGAAGGGCCCGGGUGAGGCGCGAGACCAGCCUCGACGGCGCCCGCAAAGAGGAGGAGGCCAGGCCCAUGAACUCCCAUCCCUGCGGCAGCUUUCGUUUCUAACAGUCAAGUACGCGGAGAACCAUGGCUGAAGUACACGUCAUUGGGCAGAUCAUAGGGGCCACCGGUUUCUCUGAAAACAGCCUCUUCUGCAAGUGGGGCAUCCACACAGGUGCUGCAUGGAAGCUAUUGUCAGGUGUGCGGGAGGGCCAAACACAGGUAGACACCCCUCAGAUAGGGGAUAUGGCUUACUGGUCCCACCCCAUCGACCUGCACUUCGCUACCAAAGGUCUCCAAGGUUGGCCUCGACUCCAUCUCCAGGUGUGGUCCCAGGACAGCUUUGGCCGCUGCCAGCUUGCUGGCUAUGGCUUUUGCCAUGUGCCUAGCAGCCCAGGCACCCACCAGCUGGAUUGCCCUACAUGGAGGCCCUUGGGCAGUUGGCGGGAACAGCUGGCACGGGCCUUCGUGGGUGGCGGGCCACAGCUGCUGCACGCAGACACCAUCUACAGCGGAGCCGACCGCUAUCGCCUGCACACGGCCGCGGGGGGCACAGUGCACCUCGGUAUUGGCCUGCUGCUGCGCCACUUUGAUCGCUAUGGUGUGGAGUGUUGAGGGACUUCACCGCCACUAGUCACCAUCGUCUACAGCCUUAGGAACUCUUGAGCACAGGAUGGCUCAGCUGUCAAGAACAGGGACUCUGGAUAUUGCCAGUCGACCUCACCCAAGUCAUGGCCCCUCUGUCCUACCUAGGACUGCAAAGCCAGGAAUUCCCCCAGGCCCAUGCGCCACUGAACCACCCGGUAGUAAGUCUGUGGGUUACAGGGACUCGAGGGAUGCACUUAAUAAAAACUCGCGGGUUUUUCAUGGG